AUGGUUGGACGCAAGCUGGGGGUGUUCAUGAGGCCUGCUGAGGCGAGGUCGAACCUGCAUGACAAAAGAGCCUGGUCCGAGCAGAGUCUGGCCGGGCCCGCCUCCGGCCUCGUGCGAGCGGCCGCGGAGACGUCGCCGGCAGCCAAAAGUGUGGCCAAGCGGGACGAGCAGGACGGUGAUCCUAAAACGGUCGAGUUCCGCCUGCCCCUCUUGGACCCGAUCCCGAUCCCGAUCCCGACACCGACCCCGACCCCGACCUCGACUGGCUCCGUUUUCCCCACUGCCACCGUCGUGCACAACGGAGCCCGCCCAAACGUGUCCGACCACCCCAACCCAGCCGUGGGGCACCGAAAGCCCUUCUCCUACAACGACCGGCCUUUGGGCCCGAGUUCGAGUCCCGACAUGACACCGCAGCCCCAGAUCGCCAAGGCCACAUUGUCCGCCUCCUCGCAGUCGUCGCCAAGCAGCUCGAUUUGUGAACUCACGGAAGCUCUGCCGAACGGCCUGACUGUGCUCCUGCCCGACUCACCUGCCGACGUGAACUCCGUGAAGCCAGUCAGCCGACUCGGCACCGACUCGGCUCGAAGCGGCGUCUUGUGCGUUCAGCCGACGGUCACUUUCGCCGUUCCCGAAAGCCAGGUCUUCACGGACUCGAAGAAGACCGGUUUUCCAGCCGCUUCCGCUCCGCCGAAGGGACGCCACAUACGCCGCAUAGAGUACCCCGCAAGCAUGCAAGAGCGAGCACAAGCGCUGAAAACAAGACAGCCGAAGAAGCCCCUGACCUCAACCGCAACGCCCCCGAAAACCGACGGUUCGGGCGGUCGUUCUGGAGCAACAAUCAUCUGGAACACGCCGCAGUCGCGAUUCAGCACAGUCGAGAGCAGCGAUUGCGAGUCCAUCUGA